UAUUAACUAAACAUUUUUUUCAGAUAAACAUAAUAAGGAAUAGAAAGUUUCUGUAAUAUACCUGUUCUUCGUUAGUAAUAUACCUAAUUCAUUUAUGUAUUUAGUGAGGCAGGGUCUUGGCUGUGUAGCCCAGGGUGGCCACAGCUCGCCAUUUACUUGCUUCUGACCCCCAAGUACUGGGGUUAUAGGCGCGUGAUACCGUGCACAGCUUCCGCGUGCUCCUUGUGUAAAGACACUGAAUGUAAGAGUCCGUUUCAAAUGAAUCAUUGUACCCGUCCUUUUAUUCCUUCAAAUCUCCAUUUUGGUUCAUACUGAAUAUACAGCUUGGUCCUGCAAAUAGUUUAGUAAUUAUUUGUUUUUUUUUAAUAGUAACAUUUUUCACCUACUAUGUACUAGGUACAGUUUCUGUGUGUUUUAUGUGUAUUGAUGCAUUAAGCUUCACAGCACCUUGUCCUCAUUUUAUGGCUGGGGACACUGAAGGAAGAGAGAUGAAGUGGCAUGCCUGAGAUUCAAACACCAGUAGCUGGCCACUGGAGCCUGUCCUUUUAACAGUGUGCUGUGCUGCUUCCCAAUAUAAUACUAAAGUAGAAAAAGGAAAGGUAGUAAAACCUAUAUUGUAUUCAUUUUGAAGGACAUGAAGAAAGCUAGAAAAAGCUGAAUUACAUAGUGAUACAUACAAUGAUACAUAAUAAAAAUAUGUGUGCUUCCAAGUAAGCAUAAUUUUAUCAGUUUUAUAGCUUAUGAAACUUUGGUUCAAAAUGAUUACCAUUUGUCCAAAAUUGCAAAGCUGUUAAAACACAGUGCUUAAACCAGGAAAACAACCUCUUCAGAGUAUUAUGAGGAAGUUGGAUGUUGAUUUGUGUCUCUAACUCUUUGAUUUGAGUAGCCAAUACCUCGAUUAGAAUUUGGGACUUAGUAGAGGUCAUAAAAGAUAAACCACCUCUUCCGGUCCCACACGCUGCGGGAGCCACGGGUUACUGUGCAAACAUGGCCAAGUCUAAGAACCACACCACACACAACCAGUCCCGCAAAUGGCACAAAAAUGGCAUCAAGAAACCCCAGUCACAAAGAUACGAAUCUCUUAAGGGGGUGAACCCCAAAUUCUUGAGAAACAUGUGCUUUGCCAAGAAGCACAACAAGAAAGGCCUGAAAAAGAUGCAAGCAAACAACGCAAAGGCAAUGAGUGCUCAAGCAGAGGCCAUCAAGGCCGUUGUGAAGCCUGCAGCUGUUAAACCCAAGAUGCCAAAGGCCCCCAGCAGCAAACUCAGCUGCCUGGCUUUCAUCGUUCACCCCAAGCUUGGGAAGCGGAUUCUAAGCUACAUGGCUAAGGGUUGUAGGCUCUGCCAACCAAAGCCCAAGGUUCAAACCAAAGCAGAGGCCACAGCUCCAGCUAAGGGCAAGGCUCCAGCUCCCGCUCCAGCUCUGGCUCCCAAAGGUGCCCAGGGCCCUGUGAAGGCCCCAUAGGAAAGGCUUCUGUUAAGGUGAAGACAGAGACUGGUGUGACACAGCCACCUACACACUAUUUACAGAUGACCAGUGUCCUAUGCUGUUUUUACAAAUAAACCUGAGGCAAGAUCUGUUUAAAAAAAAAAGAAAAAAGAAAAACCAGGAAGAAAUGGUGAAAUGUUUUUACAAUAAAGUAAAGGUUCAUUAGAAAUAUAAUUAGAGAUGUAGGGAAAAUAAGUACUUGGUGUAAAUGAGAAAUAUUUUAUAUAAGGUCUAGUGUGCUUUGCCCAAAUAUUUAUGAGCUCAAUUUAAUGGGACAUAAGUUGGAAUAAAACCUAAAGAGUAAUAUAUUUCAAAAUUGUUGGAUAUGAUAUGACUAUACUCCACAGAUUCAGAAACUGAAAGGUUUGCUCUUAUGUUGAGUUUUUGCUAAGGUUAAACAUUUUAAUCGUUAAUUUCUUUUAUUUUUC